UCACAAUCUUGCAAUGAUAACAAUCCACUUAGUACCUGCACACAAUCAGAUUCCAUCGCUCCAUUCCCAGGCUGACCAUCCGUCAUCCCCUUGAGCAAUGUAUCCUGCCCAAGCCCACUUAAUUUUCUCAAUAUAUUGGGUGAGCGAUGAAAAGAAUUAUGAAUGUAUUCAAAUUACAUGUAAUUAUGUGUAAUAUAGAUACUGCCUGUCCUCCGCCCGCAGGAGCUGAAGGAGCGUGACGAGCUGCUGCGGCGCUCUGAGGCCGACCUGGUGGUGGCACAGGAAGUGGCACGAGAGCGUGGCACUGAAGCCGAGCGGCUGGGCGCCGAGGCCGCGGAGCUGAGUGUGACCAUGCGUGACCUCUAUGCCAACCAAGAGGUGCAGCAAACUGAGGUGGACACCCUGCGGGAUGAAGCGCUGGAGUUGCAGCAACGGCUGCAGGAGACCAACACUUGCUUCGAGGAGACCGCCAAUUCUCUGAAGCAACAGCAUGAGCGUGCGGAGCUGUCUCAGGCAGAUCUGGUGGCGAUGCAGGCACGGCUAGGCGAGCACAAGGUGGAGAGCGAGCGGAUGCUGCAGAAUGAGAAGCGCCGUGCCCAGGAAGAGCUCGACAACACCAGGGGCAAGAUGGAGUUCAUCAAGGCCGAGCUGGGAGUCUCCAGGGCAGAGGAGGCCACGACGGCACAGGAAGUGGUGCGGCUGCAGUACACAAUUCAUCACGCGGAUGCUGAGAUGAAUUUCAUGCGCGGCCAGAUCGACGGGCUGCAGCACCAGCUCAUUGAGAACAACAAUCAGACGGGAUCCCUGCAGGCGGGGAUUCUGGGCUACCAGCGCAUGGUGGCGGAGCUGCAUGCUGCGCUGGCGCCAUCCCACGAAAACUUGCAGAGCUUGCACGUACAGCUCCAGGAUCUGCAAGUGGUGCACCAGCAGAGCGAGGCGAAGCUCAUUGACAGGAAUUGGCAGCUGGAAUCUCUGCAGGCAGAGAUUCAGUGGUAUGAACGUGUGGUGGUGGAGCUGCACGCCGAGUUGGCGCCCUACCGCGACAACAGCCAGAGCACACACUCAGAGCAGCAGCGUCUGCAGAGCGAGGUGGAGCUUCCUACGGUUGAGGAAGAGGACAUCUCAAUCUGCUCACUGGAGCCCGGCGUUCAAGAAGCCUCCCAAGACCUGCCCCCCAAGGCCUCCAACACCCUCCGCGCCUCUCACAUUGACUAACACACACACAUAUCGACUGACAAACACACAUAUCGACUUACAAAUAUACAUCGACUCACACACAUGCAUGGACCUAAACACACAUGGACUUACACACACAUAUGGACUUACACACACACACACCGACUCACACACACACAUGGACUUACACACACAAUUUUAUACGGACUUAUACACACACAUAUCGACUAAGACACACACACAUGGACCCCCGCACACACAUCGACUGACACACACACAGACUGACACACACACAUCGACUCACACACACACACUGCCCUACACACACAUACACAUAUGGACUCACACACACAGACAUCGACUUUAGAUACACACAAAGACAAAGAUCCCCCGUAUAGCCUUAACAGACUGUAGGGGUAAGUGCUGUUAGCGAGCACCUAUAAAGGCCGGAACGGCACACGAGGGGGUGGGUGGCCAGCACCACGCCCGACCGCCUUUGUCUCCCCAGUGGCGAUGUUUAUGCACCGCACCAGGUACUCAUUUCAGGCUGAGUCGACCUAGGGGAGGCCCAGGACUGGUUCAGAUAAUCGUCACUGGUGUUGGCCGUGAGCGGGAAUCGAACCCGGGUCGCCAGAUUCAUAGCGCAGCGAGCUAACUGCUACACUACCGCUCCCCACACAAAUAGACAAAUAUCCCCCGUGUAGCCUUAACAGACUGUAGGGGCAAGUGCUGUUAGCGAGCACCUAUGAAGGCAGGCACGGCACACGAGGGGUUGGGUGGCCAACACCACGCCUGGCCGCCUUUGUCUCCCUAGUGGCGAUGUUUACACACCGCACCAGGUACUCAUUUUAGGCUGAGUCGACCUAGGGGAGGCCAAGGACCGGUUCUGAUAACCGUCACCGGUGUUGGCCAUGAGCGGGAAUCGAACUCGGGUCGCCGGGUUCACAGCGCAGCGCGCUAACCACUACACUACCGCUCCCCACACACACACGUAAACGUACACACACACAUCGACUCGCACACAUAUGGACUCAUCACACACACAUACACAUCGACGUACACACAUAUCGACUGACACAUGUAA